UCCUGCUCUGGUUGACGGCUUGGGGAGAGACUCCCUCGAGCUCUUUUGCGUCGUCGCACGAGGAGCGAGUACUCGGCGCACCCGGCUGCUGAGAAAUCUGGGAAACGACACACUUAAGCGAACGAGUGAAGCCGACGAACCAAGGGAUUCAGCUUGGAGAAGAAGCAUCCGCCUGGUGAACCAGUUCGGCACGACCGAUGGACACCGAAUGGCCCCAAGAGCGUCGGUGAGAGCCGGGGUCUCUGAGACGGCUGCCUGAGGAUGACAGCUCCAGGACUGGCCGUUGGUCAAGCCGGCUUCGGGAGUUGAGAAAUGAAGCAGCAGCUCUGAGACCGGGAGCCUAGUCGGCCUUGGCAUGUACGGCCUGAUCUUCGAGAACCUGAGCCAGUACGUGUGCGCUGUUUACGGCGCAGAGCGCUGGGAGGAGAUCCGGCGAAGGUCCCGGAUCGAGAUGUCCACCUUCAGCACGCACGAGGUCUACCCGGACCACGUGAUUCUCAAGCUGAUCGCAAAAGCCUGCAAGGUGCUGCGCGUGAGCGAGCGGGAGUUCCUGGAGGGCAUGGGCGUGUUCUUCGUGUCCUUCCUGGCCCAGUACGGCUACGACCGGGUGCUGUCGGUGCUGGGCCGGCACAUGCGCGACUUCCUCAACGGCCUGGACAACCUGCACGAGUACCUCAAGUUCAGCUACCCCAAGAUGAAGGCGCCCUCGUUCUUCUGCGAGGACGAGUCCUCCACGGGACUGACGCUCCACUACCGCAGCACCCGGAGGGGCUACCUGUGGUACACCGUCGGUCAGAUCAAAGAAGUGGGCCGUCACUUCUACAGCACGGAGGUGAAGGUCGAGGUGCUCAAGGAGGAGUCCAUCUUCAACACGCUGCACGUCAUCAUGAGGCUAAACUUCGACAACGUCGCCUUUCAGCCGGCGUCGCUGAGAAAGUGGGAAGGCACUUUAGCUGUAUCACCGCAGGUUUUGAACAGCCUCGUUACCAGUCGCACGGUGUCGCCACAGGGCGAAGAGGACCUGGUGAGUCGGUGCCUGCUGCCGGUAAAGGCGAUCGUGUUCCUCGAGAUUUUCCCGUUCUGCGUGGUGUUCGACGAGCAGCUGCGGAUCACCAACAUCGGCAACAGCCUGCAGGCCGUCAUGCCGGCCGUGGUCGGACGACGAAUCCCCGAAGUGUUCGACUUGGCCAAGCCACUCGUAGAGUGCUCCUGGAAGUCGAUCUUGGGCCACACCAACAAUGUUUUCGAGAUGACGUCCCUCGAGGCAGUGAGAGCCAAGUGCAACGUGGAGGGCGGCCAGGACAAUUCGUCGCAGUGUGACUUCAGCGAAGACGGCGACUUCAAUUACGAAGACGCGUUGCUUCACCUCAAGGGACAGAUGAUGUACAUGGACGAGUGGCAGAGCAUGGUCUACUUGGCAACGCCCGUGAUGCGCGACCUGGAGACGAUGGUGCUCACGGGGCUGUACAUCAACGACCUGAGCAUGCACGACUUCAGCAGGGACAUGGUGCUCGCGGGACAGCAGCAGUCUGCCGAACUCAAGCUGGCUCUGGAUCAGGAGCUGACGAAGAGCCGGCAGCUAGAAGACUCGAUGCGCAAGCUGGACAUCGAGAUGAAGAGGACGGACGAGCUGCUCUACCAGAUGAUACCCAAAGCGGUGGCCGACCAGCUGCGCAGCGGCGAGACUUCCGUCAACACCUGCCAGUACUUCGACUCGGUGACGAUCCUGUUCAGCGACGUGGUGUCGUUCACGGAGAUCUGCAGCCGCAUCACGCCCAUGGAGGUGGUGUCCAUGCUCAACUCCAUGUACUCCCUCUUCGACGAACUCACCGAGAAGCACGGCGUCUACAAGGUGGAGACGAUCGGCGACGCGUACAUGGUCGUGGCCGGGGCCCCCGAGCCGGAACCCAACCACUCGGAGAAGGUGUGCGACAUGGCGCUAGACAUGAUCAAGGUUAUCGGAGACCUCAAGGACCCGUCCACGGGAAAGAGCCUCAGGAUACGUGUGGGAGUCCAUUCUGGAGCCGUCGUGGCCGGUGUGGUCGGUCUGAAGAUGCCGCGUUACUGUCUCUUCGGCGACUCUGUCAACACGGCUUCGCGGAUGGAAAGCACCAGCGAGGCGCUGCGGGUCCACAUUAGUCAGAAGACGAAAGAUCUCCUCGAUGAGACCAAGUGGCAGAUAUUGGAUCGAGGUACAGUUGAUGUUAAGGGCAAGGGUUCGAUGAAGACCUACUGGCUACAGGGAAAGAAAGGCCCCGGCCAGCGCAAACUUCCCGAGACGCAGACGGUGCAAGCGAAACGACAAGAGUCCAGGCGCCGCAAGUCCGCCGCGGGCUCGAGGUCCGUCUACUCUCCGGUGACGUACGAAGAGAUCGCCAAGCACUCGCCCUCCAAUACGCCGCCUCCUUACGCCGGACUUGCCCCCGAAUCCGCCAAAGAGGCCGCCAGGGACCCGGUCAAGCCCGUGGUCGUUCCGCUCGCCAACGGUUCGCCCAAGAGACGAGCGACGGGUGUGAGCCCCGUCGGGGCUCCAGAGUCCAACGGCCGACCCGUGGCGCGCAAGGCGGCCUGGACCGAACUCGAGCUCAAGGUUCCCACGCAGAUGCCCGUGGUGACCGCGCCGCAGCCGUCGUUUGCCCAGCUCGGGCUGCAGCCCUGCCAGCACUGCACCCACUGUCACAGCUACCACCAGCGCAAGGUGGGAGACGCCGCUUCGCUGGACUCUCGAGACAAAACGGGCUGCUGGAACACGUCUUCGCAGACGGCAAGAGGCGUGCACGCCGGCCAGUCGGCCGUGGCCUCCGGCGCCUCGUGUUCUCUGCUGUGAGGCUGCCCUUCUGGGGGAUGCGGUUGGGACCUUGCGGGAACUCUCUUGGAACGCUGCACGCUUACGUCGUAUGAGAUGUUUCUGCGGAACGCUCUCGAAACUCCGUCGAGGCUCUUGUCGAACUUGGUCAGCACAAUGAUGGAAGAGUUGAUAGUGUUUCUCACUGGGAGUUUGUUGUUGAGCACUGGGAACUUGUCUGGUCUAAAAGACGACGACCGUUCCGCCGUCAAAGCAGAAGGAUUUUUUCAUUAUUACGCCGCGUGAGUCAUUGCCUUGGAUCACCGCAGGAAGCAUACUUGAAGGUGAAAUUACCACGUACGACUAUACACUCUUAAAAAAGCGUGUCGGCUUACACCCCUUUGUCCCCUAUAAUGCACCCCAAAACUUCUGUUCGACGUAGAGCGCACUGACAUCGAACAGACGGCCCCGACUUUUAGGAUGGGCUUGACAACGCUCCAAUAUAACUUAUUAAACUGCUAAAGCACGCGUCAAAAACUACAGGAAAAAAAAAAUAAACACCGAAGGUUCGUAGUAUUGCCAAAAGAAAACCGCUUCUUCUUUUUUUUUUUUUUGUAGUUAGUAGGCACGUACACUAUCGAUUUUAAUGAGUUGUACCACUCGGCUAUUAAGUCGCUCGUGAACGUUGGCUCCGUUGGUUCGACGUCACUGCGCUGUACGUCGAACUCAAGUUUUGGGGUGUCUUUUGUGAGACAAGGGGUGUAGCAAU